AUGCACGGCUUUUGGGGGCGCGCCGCGCUGUGGUGGCUGCUGAGCGGCCCGCGGGUCCCAGGCCCGACCCCCGUGCGUCACAGCUCGGGAGGACCCUCCUGGACCCAGGAGCGGACCCUGGUGGCAGUGAAGCCAGACGGGGUGCAGCGCAGGCUGGUGGGGGACAUAAUCCGGCGCUUCGAGAGGCGGGGCUUCAAACUUGUUGGGAUGAAGUUGUUACAGACCCCGGAGAAUAUCCUUACAGAGCAUUAUCAUGACCUGCGGAGGAAGCCUUUCUACCCAGCUCUCAUCAGUUACAUGAGCUCUGGCCCUGUGGUGGCCAUGGUCUGGGAAGGCCACAACGUGGUACGAAGCUCCAGGGCCAUGAUUGGGGACACAGAUGCGGCGGAGGCUGCCCCUGGGACCAUCCGGGGAGACUUCAGCCUCCAUAUCAGCAGGAACGUCAUCCAUGCCAGCGACUCAGUGGAGGGGGCUCAGAGAGAGAUUGCACUGUGGUUUCGGAGCAGUGAACUGGUGGACUGGCAGGAUCGGGGCCCCCACAGCAGCAAUUACCCAGCAUGA